GUUCCCGUGUGCUGCUGGCUGGCUGGCGACGGGGCAACGAGGCAAAAGCUUUGGCUGCGCGCAGACAGACAAGCAAGAGGUUAGGCAGGUUCCUUUCUUCUUCCUUGACCGCAACCGGAGAAUACGAUGCCCAACCAGAGGCAUCUUGUUGUCUUUCUUUCCCUCUCCUCUUCCACCGACUUUUCGUCCCUUUCAGUCCUCAACGCGUGGGUCCCUCAUCCCUUCCGUGCCAUCCAUCCAUCCAUCCGUUAUCGAGCCACCCUCCUCCUCCCUUGCUCUGCCUGCCCUUGACGUGGUGUGAGCCAGGCCGUCUUCACUCUACCGGUGCUGCACGUCUUACCUGGUCAUAUAUUAUCCUUGUGCCGCUGGGGCUGUGGGGAGCCAUUGAGCUUCUGUUCCUGCGCCGUGCCUCGACGCAUAUCUGUGCCUCGGCUUGGGCUCUUCUUUUCUUCUUUUUCUUCUUCUUCUUCUUCUUCUUCUUCUUCGUCUUAUCCUCCUCUCCUUCCACGGCUCCGCCAAAAGAGUCCACUGUGUGACAAGUGCUGGCAGGCCCCUCCCGCCCCUGGACUGGACCCCCCUUCACCUGACAGCGGUAACUAGUAGUCCUCGAUCCGGCCUUUUUUCCAUGGCCCAUUGCGCGUAAACAAACGAGCGCCAGUACGCCGCCGCCCCAAAGGCCAAGCAAGUUAGCCCCGAAUUUUCGCCCGCAAACGAAAAUCUGGGACCCUGCCCUCCCACUCGCCUCCCGCCCGCCAUGGCGCCAACAGCCACCGCUACCACCACCACUGCGAUACACAAUCAUCAUAUCGGCAGCGCGAGGCCACCUUUCGCACGCUCCUUGCGCAAGCCCGCGGGUUCAGCAUCCACGCCCGACCUGAACUCUCUCUACAUUUCCCAGUCGAGACUCGUACCCCCGGGCCUGGCCUUGUCGCGCAAGACGUCUCUCGCGGCCCUCACCCCUAGCUCGCUCGCCAGUAUUCCCGAUGUCAGCGAGAGCUACGCCCUCGAUUCGGUUUUGAGCGACGCAACGCGCAACAUGGUCCCACCGAGCCCGGGACGGCUCUCGGCCGAAGACCUCGCCGUCGGCGACGUGGUCGACGUGCCUGGCGGGAUGCACGGUGUCGUGCGCUUCAUCGGCGGCGUCCAAGGGAAGAAGGGUAUCUUUGCCGGCGUAGAGCUGCAUUCUGAUUUCGCGGCCCGGGGCAAGAACAGCGGCGAUGUGGACGGGAUUUCGUACUUCGCGACAGUGGCUCCCGGCGCCGGUAUCUUUGUGCCCCUCACCAAGACCGCUCGACGCGGCGUACCCACGAGCUCGUAUCCGGCAACGCCGAGUGCCAACGGGUUGAGGAACGGAGUUUCGGCGAUGUCCUUUACCCCUCCAACGCCGAGCCUGCCGAAAUUCAGCGCUUCCAUCGGCCCCGGAGUAAGGGCUGCCAGUCCUCAACUCAAGAAGCCUCGGACAUCACUGCCUCGGCCCGACUCUCCUGCUCGACGCACGCAGAUGACGCCAGGGCCCCGGCCGUCAAUAGGAACACCUGCCGCCAGAGUGCCUUCGCGAUAUGGGAGCCCGACGAACAAGUUUGCACAGAGUGUUCGCGGUACUACUGGAGAUCCUAGCAAAAGGUUGCCAGCCCUCGAAGUCAAGUCUAACAUUGGACCACGCAGCGCCUCUGCCCUUGGCUCCGUUCACGGACUCGACGACGAUGCGACACCGACCGGCUUGCAGCGAACCAAGACCAACGGCAGCUCCGGCUCCAUCUCCUCAUUCAACCUGAAACUGCAACGGCCAGCAUCGCGCGCAGCUGCAGCACAGGAGGAGGAGAUGGAGCGAUUGCGUUCGCAGCUCGAGGAUCGCGAGCGCCAACUCAGGGAUCAGUCCUCCACCCUCGCUGAGAUGGAGAGCAGUUUGACUGAACUGCAAGGCCUUAUUGAGAACCCAGAAGGACCGAGGCCUAGGCGCAAUAGCAUCGACGACAAGGACACGGCGCAGCUUCGACACAUGCUACGAGAGAAGAACGAAAAGAUCGCAAUCCUCACCGCAGAAUUUGAUGCGCAUCGCGCCGACUUUCGAAGUACCAUUGACACCCUCGAAAUGGCUAGCACGGAGACGGAAAGGGUGUACGAAAAACGAAUCGAGGAACUCAUGGCUGAGCUGCACGAGCUAGAAUCUAGGAAUCUGGACGUCGAUUCGGUGGCGAGCCAGCUGAAGCAGCUGGAGGAGCUCGUACAGGAGCUCGAAGAAGGCUUGGAAGACGCCCGUCGAGGCGAAGCCGAGGCUCGCGGAGAGGCCGAGUUCCUGCGAGGGGAGGUGGAGAGGACUCGGACUGAGCUGCGGCGUGAGCGCGACAAGGGCGGGCUCGGUGCCAGCACCAACGGGGAUGCCGCUGCCAUCUCAAAGGAGCUCGAGCAGAAGGAGGAUGAGAUCCGAGGUCUCAAGGCCAUCAUCCACUCCCUUAGUCGAGACUCCAUUCCAGGUGGCGACGAACAAGCACGGUCCAGCUCCCGCGACUCGGCCGAUCACAACAUCGCCCGAGAUAACUUGGAGCGCCAAAUUACGGAGUUGCAAAUGUUGCUACAGCAGAAGACUAUCAAGGAAGAGGAGCUGGAGCAAGAACUCGACAUGCUGCGUGGCGGUGCUGUCGCUCCGUCAAAUGCUAUGUCCAAUCAGCGGUCCUCGCUGAGGGAUUCACGGGACACAGUGAUCGCAGUCCGAGCACAUGAGCCGCGAUCCCCUCAAGCCACGCACAAGAGAGGCAACACGCUUGAUACGAUGCAUGAGAGCGACACCUAUUCGACGGCCACGGAGACUAGCACUCUCUGGUGCGAGAUUUGCGAAACGAGUGGCCAUGACAUCCUCACCUGCACCAACAUGUUCGAUCCCGAGGCUGCUAAGAGUGUGAGCAACUUCAAGCCUGACACGGGUAUUGUGCGGGAGGGGCUGAAGCCUCAAGCUUCUCUUGGCCGUGACGAUGCGCUCCCCGCGCCCCUCUCCCCCGUCAAACCCAAGACCCCGAGCCUGGCAACAACAACGCCGCCGGUCAAGAUCCUGCCCAACCCCAUGGAGUCAGGACCAGUCGCUGGAAAAGAGAGUGGUAUGAUGGAUCCUGAGAAGUGGUGCGCGGUGUGCGAGCGGGACGGCCAUGACAGCGUUGAUUGCCCAUUCGAGGACGCUUUUUAGGAGGGUCGCCCGCUCUCGGGGGCAGAGAGGUUAACGACAGGACGAGCUGUGCUCGGUGUAUGAUGGCGAGAUGAUGACGUCUGACGACGUAAAUUGCCUUGUGUGUUCCUUUGGGGUAUUGCUUGACUUGAACCAUUACUAGUGAUACCAUCAGAUACAUUCUCAUUCUUGAUCAAUGACCCG